AUGUAUAACUACAACAACAACAACAUAAUGUUGCUCGUGAUGAGCAUCAUAUUGAUGGCGGCAGUAUUGGGUACCACCACCUCGACUGGUGUCUCAGCCCAGCAGUUAACCACCAUCACUUUCAACACAAUGAUCGACUGUAGCGACUUGGAGAACCCCUGUGACUUUAUGAACAAGACCAAUUACUUGGAGGGCAUUGCGCCCAGCGCGACAACAAACGUGAUUAUCAACUACAAGUCGGCUGGCCUCACACAGUACAUCACACUCAAGACCGGUGUCUCAGCAACGGUUGGCGCACUCAAUGUUGGCGGCAUCGGCAACGUGGAGUUCACCGUCAAUGCCGACCUCACCGUGCUCAACCUGGCGAUGUUCAGCAACGUGAGCGCCAACGUCCAGAUGUCCAGCAUGACCGUGUGGGACACGUUCCUGCUGCUCAAGGGCACCCUGUUCACCGUGUACAACGGAUCGCUGCUGACCAACAGCACUGUAAUCGUCAGCGAUGGCGUCAUCCUGACCGCGCACGACUCGCCCAUCACCUUUGACUGCGCCGUCGCCGACGCCUCCAACACUCAGUACCUCCAGUUCAACUCGACCCCAGUGUUGGUCGGCAACUCGCCAUUCACCGUAAGCGGCCCCGCCUCGACAUUCCUCGUGGGCAUCCGCGCAAUUGAAAGCACCGGCAUGGUGUUCCUCAACAACACAGAUCUCUACGGCAUCUCAGGCAUGCAGCAGCUGCGCGUUCUCAACGACCUGGACCUGCGCAAUGGUGCCACACUCAUGGUGAAAGAUUUCUUGUCUGGCAUCGAGUACUCACGCAUCAAUGUCAACUCGGGCACGUUGUAUGUGAACAACAACAACGCAGGCGCCGAGGGCUCCAAGGUCAAGAUCUACAGCAUCUCGUCGGACCCAAUGGGUCUAAUCACCUUCAUGAACGUCGAGAGAGUCGACGUGAUGCAGAUCACCGCCGAGGGCAACUUCACGAUCGACACCGUCACCAUAUUCAACAUUGGAAGCGAGGACGCUGGCCUCGUGUCCAACUUCUCGCGUCUGAUGAUAGCUGGCCACUCGUACCUCAAUGUGGACAACUCAAACAUCUUCCGCUUGGCCGUCAUUGAGUCCAAGCUGGUCAACAGCCAGCCGGGAAUCUUCUUCAACCUGACCUCUUGGAACAGCAUCUACGAGUUCGAGUCCUCACUCAACAACACGAUAUUCUGGGUGCUCGAGCGUUCCACGCUAGAAUUCUUCGACGACGCCUCCUUUGUUGGAGUGUCUGGCAUCUACCUGUACGGUGAGAUCACUCUCGACCAGGACCUAUUCUUGGACGAGUACCCCGCGCUCAACAUCGUCGGAGGCGUGGCAUCCAUGGUCACCAACUCCUCGACAAUCACUGGUGACGUGACCAUCUCAAACGGAGUGCUCUGGCCACUCGACACCACAAUCUAUGGCAACCUCUACCACAACGGUGGCACCAUCCACUUUGUCAACACGUACGGCAGAAACCUGAUGAUUCUGGGCAACUACACAUCGGAGGAGGGCGCCAUCCUGGGCUUCUCCGACUCUCUCGAGAUGGCCGGUUUUGCCACUAUCUACGUGGCAGGCACAACAGAUCUUGAGGCCACCCUAAUGAUCCAGUUCAUAGAUGACAUUGCCAUCGCUGGUGCCGAUUACAACAUCUUGUCGUCUGCUACCAACAUUGUUGGCGAGUUCGAGUCGCCCGAGGUCCAUUGGGCCACUGAUGAGGAAGUUGACACAUUCAAGAUCAACAUGUACAAGCAGCGUGAUGUCAUCCUCACGUUCAUUGGUGAAAAGGAACACCAUGGUGUACCAGGUUGGGGUAUCUUCCUCAUCAUCCUGGCCAUCUUUGUCGUGCUUGGUGCUGGAGUUGUAGUCUACAUCAAGUACUUCAAGAAGCCCAGUGGAUACGUGCCACUCUAA